CUGAUUCCUGUUGCGCGUUACAUGUAAGUCUCACUGCCAGGACAGCCUCGAACACUUAUUAGUGUACGUUAAAUCUCGGAAUAAUUCAACCCAGUGAGCUUUCUUAAAAAGGGAAAAAGCUGGAAACGGACACGACCGAGGACCUUUACUGAACCUUGGGAAUGUCCGUAAUACGCCACGUUAUUCUCACAAAUGAAGGACGAAGAAAUAUGAAUACAUGCUAAUCAGUGUACUUGUAGUAGUCUAGUAGAACAGGACACCAAAGGUUGAGUGAAAAAAAAAACUCGACGUCCUGCUUUCACUGAGUCCUUGAGCACUGAAGGCGCGGCAGUGAAGCACGAACAUUUACGUCGAUGAAUAAAUGAAGACCUUAGCCGUUGCAUCUCAGUCAGCACACGCGUCGUGGCUCCGCGCUCAUCCUCAAUAUGGAGCUGACCAGGGUCCUGGAUUGUCCACCCAGUUAAAACUCGGAUUUCGCUUUUAAUCCAUAGGCUAUGUUACACACUAAGGUACGAAAAGAUCUUUAACAGCAAGAACUGUAACAUGGCACGACUGCAUUUGAAUCGUCGACUUUGCCUUUAAUAUCAGGACAUAAUCGACAUUCAAUGGAAACCUCUCGGAGCUAGUGUUGCACACAUGUACGCUACAUUAGAUAAAUACAUUUUUUUUCUUGAAAAGGACGCCCAUGGGAAACUUGACGAAUAUAUAUCAUGCUGUUUUUUGAGACCUUCAUAAAGUUGAUUGCUUUGCCUACCAUUGUUUGUGGAAACUAAGUCAAGAACUAUUUCAAGGCAGGCAUCAUGCAGAAAUAAAACGAAACGAACUCAGAACAAAUGGAUAUUUUGUUGCUUAUGGAUUCGUAGACAUCUGCAAGAGGAAGAUACCAUUAUCAAGACAUGGCUCGGCUCUUGGUCUUUGUGAACUCCGUGGCACUGUUGCUUUUCGGUAGUGACAUGUUUCUUGUGGGAGCAAAUCGCCCCCCUGCACCUGUCAACGUGUCCGUUAUGCAUCUGAAGGCCGACUCGGCAACCAUCACCUGGGAUGUUCCGGAAGGUGACAUCAUAAUUGGCUUCUCAAUCACACAGCAGCGGCAGGACCGCUACACGCAGCGCUUCAUCCGGGAGGUGAACACCACCAGCCGGGCCUGCGUACUCUGGGACCUGGAGGAGGAGACCGACUACAUCGUCCAGGUGCAGACCAUUGGGCUGUACGGCGAGAGCCAGGCCAGCCAGCGUGUGCACUUCCGCACGCUCAAGAAGUCCGACCGUUUCCCCUCCAACAGCUCCAACCAAGAUGACCCGACGGUGCAGGGUCUGGACAAGUCCAGACAUCUCCAGACCGGGGAGAUGAUCAUCAUCGUGGUCGUGCUUCUCAUGUGGGCAGCUGUGAUCGCGCUGUUCUGCCGUCAGUACGACAUCAUCAAGGACACGGACAACAGCAACAGCAAAGAGAAGGUCAAGCCGCUGUCGGAGCGGAGCACCCCAGAGCACCACAGCGGAGGCCUGCUGAGGAGCAAGUUUCAGUCUGUGCCAUCUAUCAACAUCAUUGAGGUGUAAUGGAGGCCAGGAAACGCCUGCUUCUCACCUUCUCUUCUCCCGCGUCUGCCAAACCCACCCACCCCACAUCCUCCCCUCAUCCUCUCUCUCUCUAUUUCUCUCUCUCUCUCUCUCUCUCCCCCCUCCCCUCCUCUCUACCAUACCAGCCUGAGCCUCUCUGCCUUGUGGAGUCACUAUUCUGGGCGGAACAAGCCAUUAGCUAAGCUACUGCUGCCUCGUCAGCUAACACACACACACACACACACACACACACACACACACACACACACACACACAAAC